CGAGCGCUCAACAUCCGAGGACUUUGGCCCAGAGUAACCCUGCUCGCGUGACCUUUCCCCUCUAUUCUGCACCUCCAGCGGCCAGCCCCGCGCGCCCGCGGCGUUUGGGCGCGCGCUCGGCUACCUCCUGCCCGGCUGCCUCCCGAGCUUCGGCUCCCCACCUCGCUGCCCGUCGGUGCGACUCCCCGUCAUGGCGGCUCUCAGCAAGUCGAUCCCUCAUAACUGUUACGAGAUCGGCCACACUUGGCACCCUUCCUGUGGUGUCUCCUUCGUGCAGAUCACCGGGGGCGCCCUGGAGGAGUCCCUGAAGAUUUACGCCCCCCUGUAUUUGAUUGCAGCAAUUCUCCGGAAACGAAAAUUAGACUAUUAUUUACACAAACUACUCCCUGAGAUCCUACAGUCUGCUUCAUUUCUGACUGCUAAUGGGGCCUUGUAUAUGGCUUUCUUUUGCAUUUUAAGGAAGAUACUUGGAAAAUUCUACUCUUGGAGUCCUGGCUUUGGUGCCGCUUUGCCAGCAUCUUAUGUGGCCAUUCUAAUUGAAAGAAAAAGCAGGAGAGGGCUGCUCACUAUUUAUAUGGCCAAUUUGGCCACAGAAACACUAUUUAGAAUGGGAGUAGCAAGAGGAACCAUCACAACAUUAAGAAAUGGAGAAGUCCUUUUGUUCUGCAUCACAGCUGCCAUGUACAUGUUCUUUUUCAGGUGCAAAGAUGGAUUGAAAGGAUUUACAUUCUCUGCCCUUAGGUUUAUUGUAGGGAAGGAAGAAAUUCCCACACAUUCUUAUUCACCAGAAGCGGCAUAUGCAAAAGUGGAACAGAAGACAGAGAAACAUGAGGAAAAGCCAAGAAGAAUGAAUGUAAUUGCUCUAAUCAGGAAACUUGUGAAUUCAGUAAACCAAAAGAUGCAUGCAUUUAAAUACAAAUGUAAGCAUGGACCAAGGCAUAGAUGUUGCAAACACUAUGAAGAUAAUUGCAUCUCCUAUUGCAUUAAAGGUUUCAUCAGAAUGUUUAGCGUGGGAUACUUGAUCCAGUGCUGCCUCCGAAUCCCCUCUGCGUUUCGGCAUCUGUUUACACAACCAUCCCGACUACUUUCUCUCUUCUACAAUAAAGAAAACUUCCAGCUUGGAGCUUUUCUGGGCUCUUUUGUUAGUAUAUACAAGGGUACUAGUUGCUUCCUGCGCUGGGUCAGAAACCUGGAUGAUGAACUGCAUGCUAUUAUAGCUGGGUUUUUGGCAGGAGUAUCAAUGAUGUUUUAUAAAAGUACAACAAUUUCCAUGUAUUUAGCUUCCAAGUUGGUGGAGACAAUGUAUUUCAAAGGCAUUGAAGCAGGAAAGGUUCCCUAUUUUCCCCAUGCAGAUACUAUCAUCUAUUCCAUCUCUACAGCAAUUUGCUUCCAGGCAGCUGUGAUGGAAGUUCAGAAUUUGCGACCAUCCUACUGGAAGUUUCUUUUAAGACUCACCAAGGGCAAAUUUGCUGUCAUGAACCGAAAAGUCCUUGAUGUUUUUGGUACUGGUGCAUCUAAACACUUUCAGGAUUUUAUCCCUAGGUUGGAUCCAAGAUAUACGACUGUAACACCAGAGUUGCCCAUCGAGUUUUCUUGAAGAUGACUGUAACUUAUUAAUGUGACUUAAUGUUUCAUUAUUUUAUCCUGAAGAGUUAAUUAUGUUGAAACAUAAAGAAGGAGUCUUGAGCUUGAACUUCAGUGUUAUUUCAAUGAGAGAUAUUCUUUUCUUGUUAGUUUUUCUUACCAAUCAGAAGUACAGAAGCUUUUUAGGAAGGUGUUGCUUAAUAAUUAAGUGCCCUCCAUAGCCAGAAUCUGAUUCUGGGUCACUUGUAUUUGUUGACAUUUUGAUAUAUUAUUGAUUAAAUUAUGUCCAUAAGCAAUCUUAAAUGAUCUAUGUAGAAGUGUAGUAACAAAUAAGAGUAUACUUAAAAUUACUUUAAAAGAUGUUUUUAGUUCAUUCCAGUAUAAUUCUUGGUUAAAACUAAGAAUAUUUCUAUGUUUUAGGAUACAAAGGAUCACGGGUACAUGGAUUUGGUCUGUAUUUUUUUUUUUAACUUUUGAAUUGGUAACUAUAGUAGUGAAAUAUUAUGGAACUGAAAUAACUCUUCAUAGACAAUGCUGCUUUAGUGUAAAGCAAUUUAUUUGAAGAAAGUGGCCAUUCUCACUUCAGGGAUGCGAAGACGGGUCUUGUGCUGUUUGGAUAAAUGCCAUGGUAUCCAUGCUCUCCCUCCACUGACACCUUCAUCUCUCUUCAUGGUCCGUUGGGCUGUUCGGCAGUCCAGUAAACCUAUGUACUAAUGGCAGGUUAGGAGAAAAUGGAAUUUGACAUAUCUGAUAAAGCUGAAAUGUACGUUUUAAUCUUUUACAGAAGCAUUACACUUGAAUAUUUAAAAGCAAAUGAAGUUGCUUUUAAACCUCUUGUAGGUUUACGCAUUUGUUUGCAUGUAUAAGGACUGAAAUCUUCAUAGCUCAGUUUGUCUACCAUUGCUGACUUAGAAGGGAUCAAAAGUAGUUUGGGCAAGUUUGUCCGUUUGUUCCCUCUCCACCAUCCCACCUUUACAGAGGAUGUUUUACAACUACAAAUGAUAUAAAAAUCCAAUAGUUGUUAAAAAGUCCAUUUCAUCACUAUGCGAUUCAGGUUCUCUAGCUUCUUUUCAAAAUCAUAUGGUCACCAUUUUUAUUCCUGUUAGAGUAAAGAGGUGACAAAAUGUAGUAACUGUUGAUUAUGAGUAGUUCAGGAGAGUGGUGAUUGAAAGAUGAUUACUCUUUAGAGUUUUUCAGGGAAAAGUUAUACUUUUCUAACUUAAUAGAAGGCUUAAGUAGUUAUGAUGUCUACAGUUAAUGCAACAUAUAGGGAUGAUGGUAUAUUUUUUUAAUAUCAUUUUGUGGCUGGAAGGUUUUGGGCCAUUGUAAAUUAAUUAUGCAGUAGAACUUGUGUUGCAAUAAGAAUUAUAACCCAGACUUUAAAAAUGCUUAAUUCUCUAGAAUCAAUUUCAUCAAGCCCAGUAUAUUCCUGUUUACAUGUAAUCCUGUCCUCAAUUGUUACGGCAAAUUAAAACACAACAAAAAGACAGACUCUGAUACCGUGGUAACAGAGCCACUUUUAGGUCAAAAUUUUGCAUUGUGAUUAAUUUUUUAGAAUUGAUUUGUCUAUUAGGCAAUACUGUUAAGGAAUCGUUUUGGUUUCAGACUUCAAAAUUACUCAAUAAAUUAAGUUUUCAGUUUUUAUUCACUGGAAUCAAAAUGAUGAUUGGUACUGUGUUUAAUUUUAUAAAUGAAGUGUUAUAGCAGUGAAGAAAGCACUGCUUCCUAUACCUCAUUUUCUUUAUUUAGAAAUUAUGUUUAUCAUAUUUUUCCUGUCAGUUUAAAAGAAAAACAUUUUAAUUCAUAAGUUGCAGUUUUCAUGAACUUUAAAAAGGCUAUGAUGUUGAAAGGCAAAUCCUACUGAAAUUGGAUGAGAUUGUUUAGUAAAAUUUUACUGUCAAGAGGUGCAAUUCUAUGAUUUCCAUUUUUUUCAAGCUACAGUCAUUUUUUUAUAUAAAAUGUAAAAUGAAAUAACUGUUGUGAAGUAGAACAUGAUAAUGAAUGUAUUGCUUUAGUGAAUAACAUUUGCAGGAGCGAAAGAGAAGUCCAGUUUGAAUUCAUUGAGGCAGACCGCACAAUGUAGCUGUUUGAGAAAACAGAAGCUGUCUGUGUGCCUGAAGACAAUCAAAAUGAUCUCUCUCUACCUCUAACCAAUCAGGUAUUGAUCGACCAUGUGGCACCAUAAAUAAAGUCGAAUAUCAGAUGUCCUUUCCAAAACAUGUUUUUUUUGUUUUGUUUUGUGUUUUGGGUUUUUUUAGUCCACUUAUACACUAAGGAAAUUGUGCCUGUGUUAAGUUUCCACCGGAACUGGUUAUAGCAAACAUUAACGUGUAGACUGGAAAACAGUGCAUCAGGGUAUUUGUAGUACUGUGAUUGUUUCAUCGCUAUUUCCUGUGUUCAUAAAAUCCUAGAUUUCGUACCAAUCCAGUAAAGACUGAGAUUGCAAGAUAACAAACUGUCUCAGAUUUGUUCGAGUUUUGGUAGUGUUUCAUCAUGUUGUAGACCAUUUUAUUACUCAUUUCUGGAAUAAAACCUUUGGUUCCGUUACGGUGUUUCAUAAA